GUCUCGUCCCCCUCAUAAGCCGCCUGCGCUCUGCAUUCCUCUCCUCACCCCCUCCACCUCGCCCCUGCCAAUCUAUAUUGAUUAGCUUGCUCACCCGACCUCAUCUACAGAGUCUAGACUAUGAGGUUUUCGACUGUAAUCGCCCUUGUGGUGGCUCUUGCCGCCCAGGCCACGGCCAACAGCUGGUUCGGCAAAUCUGUGUAUAACAAGUGGCAUGAGACUGAGCUCGAGCGAUGGUUGUCUGACCACAACAUCCCCUACCCCAAGCCCUCGGACCGCAAGGAUCUUGAAAACCUGGUCAAGGACAACUGGAACGACAAAGUCGUGACGCCCUACAAUAGCUGGGACACCCAGACCCUGACCCACUACCUCACCUCCAAGGGCCAGCAGGCGAAGAAGGGCACCGAGAAGGACGCGAAGUCGCUCGCUGAGCAGGUCAAGGUCUACUGGACUGAAACCGAGGAGUCCGCUAACCAGGCCUAUGGCUCUGUCAAGGACUGGAUUUUCGACUCCUGGACCGACUCGCAAUUGAAGGCCUUCGCUGACAAGCACGGAAUUCCUGUUCCCCAGCCCCGCCAGCGCGACUCCCUUCUCAAGGCUGUCCGCGAGAACUACCAGACUACCGCCAACAAGCUCUCCGAAUCCGUCAACUAUCCCGGUGACUGGCUCUACGAGUCUUGGUCCGACUCUGAUCUGAAGGCCUGGUUCGAUGCGCGCGGCUACCCUGUUCCCCAGCCAUCCACCCGCGAUGGCCUCAUUGCCAAUAUUCGCCGUCAGUCUCGCGUUGCGUCUCUAAACCUCCAGGGUGCCUAUGCCCAGGUUUCUUCCUCCGCUGCGGCUGCUCAACAGAGCCUCAGCGACGCUCUUCUCGACUCGUGGUCGGACAGCCAGAUCAAGGAGUGGGCCGACAAGAACGGCAUCAAGGUUCCCCAGGGCUCCAAGCGCAACGAGCUCCUCGCCCUUGCCCGCAAGCACCGUGCCCGUCUCUAUGGCGACAGUGCCUCCGCUACCGUUGAGAGCGCUUACGGUGCUGCUACCUCCAACGUUGGCAGCCAGUACGCUGCCGCUACUGGUGGCUUCGCCGGAUACACCAACUGGAUCAAGGCCCAGAUCGGUCUCGCCACUGAUGCUGCUGUUGCCUCUGCCAGCAGCGCCUCCAAUGUCGCUGGUAGCAGCGCUUCCAGCCUUUCUGGCUCUGCCUCCAAGUCUGCUGCCUCCGCUUCGUCCUCCGCCUCCAAGUCCGCCGCGUCCGCUUCCUCUUUGGCGUCCAAGUCCAGCGCGUCUGCCUCCAAGUCUGUCAAUAGCGCGUACACCGAGGCUGCCGCCAGCGCUGCCUCGGCCACUGACCGCGUCAAGAACGAGUUGUAAGCUACUCCCCACAACUCUAGGUAGAGAUUGGAUGAGAUGAGUCUCUCUCUGUUCAGGCCUUGAUAAUCAACGCUCGGACAAUUACGUCACACAUACUUCACGACCUAACGACACAAUCACCAAAACGAACGACCCAUGACGCAAGAUUGAAGCGGAAGGAAGGAAAGGAAAGGACUUGUAACUUUAGCUCUAGCUGUACGAAUGAGGAUAUUCCCCUGCGAAAGAUGGAUGGACUUGGGUUUUCUAUUCGCUCCGAGUGAGAGGCCUGGUUGCACUCUCGGCGCAUGCAAACGUAGCUAUAUAGUCGACUCGGUAUAGGAGUUGUCUAGGAUGGAUGCAAUGAAAUGGAAU